AUGAGCUUCAAAUCAACAUCCCUUGUCCUGUUUGGACCGGAAUCACUCCAACCAAUGCUGGAGGUUUCCAGCUUGGAUCCCAUACAAGAAGCUACUUGGGUCACACAGGUAACUAUUUCCACCACGUGUCCUGCAAUCAAAGAUCAUGGAGAUCGCGAUCGGUUGCAUGUAUAUUUGUUCGAAGAAAAGGCUCAACAUAUUCAGACAAAUGCCCAAUGGUUGAUCCACACUUCUGCCGGACAGGAAAUAUUACAACAUGCGAAGCCAAACGAGUAG